AAAAUCACAUGGACUCUCGUAAAGGAAAGAAACAUAGACAUGAAGGAUAACAAAUUCACAUACCGAAAGUACCCACCGCCAAUGACGCGAAUCCUAUGACUACUAUACUAUUGUUAUUUGAGUUCCGUUUUUCUAAGAGGGGUACUUUUGUCAGCGUGGACUGCCUGGAGAUCGGUUGGUGAUUUCCGCAUCCGCGUCCAAGUUGGACGCGGCGGAAUCCAAUCAUAAAUUGGCCAACAACUCCUCUUUGCAACACAAAAUAUUUGAAGAAAUUUGAGAGAGAGAGAGAGAGAAAGAUAUAUAUAUUAUAUAUAGAGAGAGAAAGAGCAGGCAAUUGAGUUUCUUUGUGGAGUUCUUGAAGGAUGGAAGAUUGCAGGCCAUUGGGUUUCUUGUUGGGAUUGCCGUUUGCUCUGCUUGCUUUGGUUCUGUCUCUAGUGGGUGCUGUUAUCUGGGUUAUUGGGACUGUGCUGAGUUGUCUGUGCCCAUGUUGCUGCUGUUGUGCAGGACUGGUGAAUAUGGCAGUGGGUCUUGUGAAGCUUCCUGUUAAAAUACUUAGAUGGUUCAUUGAUCAGAUCCCUUGUUAAGCCUCUUUCUUUUUUAAAACUGUUUUUUACAAUUCAUUUAUUCAUCCAUCUGUUUGACUAGUUCUUUGUAGUCACACUCAUUUGACACUUUGAUUUAGCGAAUAAAAGACUACUCCCAUUUUAUUGCACCUUAUACCAUGUGCCCACAUUUGUGAGCUAGUUAAUUUUUGGUAUGUAGAAUGCUUUUUAGCCUUAAUUUUAUUUUAGUUUUUAUUGGGGGAAGUUAUACAA